AUGGAGAUGGCUGAGCAAGGCAGAGGUCCCGGAAGGCCCAGAACUAGGAAUGUGGAGCCUGAGCAAGAAACCGGAGGUGCAGGCGUGCCUUGGCAACAGAUGAUGCAGCAGAUGCUACAGCAAAAUCAGAUGAUGGCUCAAAUGAUGCAAGGCAUGCAGGGACAACAACCUCCUACUCAAGUUCCCGUUCCUCAAGCUGCAACUAGACCAGACUUUCGUGCCUUCUUCAGGAUGGAUCCUCCAGAAUUUGUAGGUGGUCUUGACCCAGUGGUAGCUCAUGACUGGUUGGCUAGUAUGGAGAGGAUAUUUCAAGCAAUCCAGUGUAAUGAAGAAGAGAAAGUAAUCUUCGCUACACAAAAGAUGAAAGGACCGGCUCUUAGGUGGUGGAAUACCGCAUCUACUUAUUUCACUACUCAAGAGAUCCCUAAGGAUUGGCAUCACUUCAAGGCAGCAUUUCUAGAGAAGUAUUUUCCUAACAGCGUUCGGACCCAAAGAGAAAGAGAAUUCCAGAACUUCAAGCAGGGCAACUUGUCGGUUCCAGAGUAUGCUGAGAAGUUUGAGGACAUGGCCGAUUACUCGCGACAAGCUGUUUAUGCUCCGGAUGAACUAUGGAAGAUUGACCAGUUCAUGAUGGGUUUGAGGGCCAACAUCGCUCAUAGUGUGUCCAAAAGAGAGUUCACUACCUAUGCUGAAUGUUUGAGGCAAUGUUAUGUUGCUAAAAACAGUUUGAAGAGGGUUCAAGAAGAGAGGGACCAAAAUAGAACUAACUAUAGAGAACAAGGGAGAGCUACUCAACACUUGAGGCCCCGUAAUUCUCCAUCCAAGAAGAAGCAGGGUUAUGGUGACCACUCUAAUUAUCCUCCUCAGUGUGGUAAGUGCAAGAGAAGACACCAUGGUGAAUGUAAGCCAUUUCCAGUUACUUGCUUCGAGUGUGGGAAGCCGGGCCAUGUUAUUAAUAAUUGUCCAAAGAAGAAAGAUCCUGAGAAGACUGCAGGUCGUGUAUACACCCUAGAUGCAAGAAAGGCAAAAGGGAACAACAAUCUCAUUGCGGUUACUCCAUUACCUGAUCCUAUAAUCAUUUCUUCGGCGACGGAUGAUACCGUGGAAGCUCGACUAAUUUGUAAGGGGUGUUCGGUGUCUUUUAAUGGUCGUGACUUCCCGAUUGAUCUAAUUUGCUUACCCCUCAAAAGACUCGACGUCAUCCUUGGAAUGGAUUGGUUGUCUCUUAACUCGGUGUAUAUUGGUUGCAAGGAGAAGACCAUAUUUAUUCCUGCAGAAGAGACUUCUUCCGAUGAUGCAAUUACCAAGUUGGUAGAAGCAAUUUUCAUGGACUACAUGAAUCGAAUAUUUCAACAAUAUCUGGACCAAUUCGUAGUGAUCUUCAUUGAUGACAUUCUGGUAUAUUCUCGUACUUCCGAAGAACAUGAAGAGCAUUUGCGGAUUGUGUUGUCUAAUCUUUGA